GGAAUCCUUAACCUAGGAAUACGAGGUUAGGAGGAGUAGGAAUCCGACUCCCUAGGCUUGCUGUUCAAGCCACCCUCAUAAAUGAUGACAUACAAAGCUAUGUACAAAGCCAGAUCAGGCUUUCAGAAUCUGCCUCGUGUAGGAAGCCGGUGGAAUGUGCUUUUCGUAUUCGUUGACGAAGAGUUCAACAGCGAAUGUGCUUAUCUUGAUACAUGGCUUCGCUGGGUUUGUUGUCAGAUCGAUGCACUCAAAUGUUGUCGUGAUCGUAUCACUCUACGAAAAACACCCGCAUCAAUUCAGACAACACUCAACGAGACACACGCUAGGGUCUUGGAGUAGAUUACCGCGAAGACAGGCUUGAUUUGCUACAACAAAGCUUUGCACGGG